AGAACGCCUUUCGAAGCUCUCAAUUUAUUGUCACGUUUCGGUCACCUAUUCCACACUCUGUGCUGCCUCUGAAACGACCCCAAGAAGACUACACGAAACAUAAUAACCCCAGACGAGGCGACCAAGACGGGAGAAAAACGUAAACCUUCUCCCCGCCUCAUCUGAGUGACCCGUACUCCUUGCUGUUAUAUUUAGGCCAUAAGGGUGACUUGGGCACGGCGUGCGAUUACAGGCAGACCUACGAUGCUAGCAUAAUACCGGUACGGUACUCGAGUGCUGUAAUUCAGCUACAGACGCGAACUCCCAAGCUGAGCUCUGAGCACUGAGUGCAAGAGAAGGAGAGACAUUGAUGGACAUGAAGCCGAUGCCAGUUUGUGCUUGCGCAAGAGUGCUGCAGUAUACCUCAUCAUCUCCUCCAUCCCAUGUGUGAUAAGCACAAACACACUCCUACCAUUUCCCUCCGAAUCAGAUACCAGUACCGCCCUUUCCAUUACCAGCCUUUCCACGACACGAACUUUUAAGCCACUCCAAUGCCAACUUCUCAACGCUCUGGUGAGCCUCACAGGCCAAAAAAAAUACCGACCCAGGAACAACAGAGCAACCCUUACUUGUCCAUGUUCAAUCAUUUUCGUGAUGAGCUUGAUGAACAUCACGACUGCCGUGAGAGGGUAAUUAAGGCAUCUCGUGAUAUUACUGCAUUGAGCAAGAAGAUGAUUUUCACUGUUCAGCGGGCUCGCGAACCUUUCUCUCCCCUUCCAGCUCCCCUUAGCGAGGAGUACGAAACCCGCUUCAAACAGGUUCAGAGCAUAAUAUCCAUUGUUUCACCUGAUCUUCAGGAUAUUUCUACCUACCGCUAUGCUCGCCAAAUCUCCGGGGGUAUUCAGGAAUAUAUCGAGGCAACAGCCUUCCAUCAUUACCUUACCACAGGCAAAUUGAUCCCUCUAUCAGAGGUCCAACAAUCGGUAAAGUCUCCUGUCGAGAUAACACCUGGAGAUUAUAUCCUUGGUAUAUUCGACCUGAUCGGAGAAAUGAUGCGGUUCUCUAUCACCAUGAUUGCGACGAGGGGCGGUGCGGACAAGGAUGAGAAAGUGGCCAAGGCUCUAAGAGAUCUAAGAGAAUUAAGGUUGGAAUUCGAGGGGUUGGAUACUACACUCGGUGGGGGGAGCGGGCUCCUGGGGAAGGAAGUUCAAAAGAAGCUUGGUGUCAUGAAAACUUGUGUAGAGAAGGUUGAGACGGCAGUUUGUGGGGUAAUUGUCCGGGGUAGUGAAAGGCCGAAAGGUUGGAUCCCCGACUUAACAGGGGCCGUAGGGGGAGGUGGCAGGAUGGAUAGGAUCUAUGAAGACGAGUAGAGUUAGUGCUGUGGAUGAGUCUUGCUGGCUAGGCUGUGCUCGCCUUAAUACCGGUACGGUAUGUUUUCUUGGUUGCCGCUUACUUGUAGCUUCAGCUUCCUACUUUUA